CAACCUUCGGUCUUAACAAAGAGUCGUUUUCAAGUAUUUGAACACAAUGUCACGUGUGUAUCUGUUAAAUUUGUAUAAAUACAAUUUUGAAAUAGAAACACUAUUAAAACAGUGAAGCUCUGCUUAAAGGAGGUUACAAAAGAGAUGGGGACUUUGAGUCUUAUUUGUCUGCUUUUCUCUAUAUAUCAGACAUUUGGUCAGCUGAAUUCAAAAGAAGAUGCUUUACAAGCAACACGUGUAUUGGAUAGUACCACAUCUGGUAAAGUAUCAAAAGUAUUUAGGGACAUCUUGAAUCAGGAAAGCUUAGUUCGGUUUUCAAUGGUACAGAAAAUGCAGAGUUUGAUGUUGGAUGUAGCAGAUAGCAAAAUUAAUAAUGAAUAUAUGAAAAAGAAACUUAAUGACGUAACAGAAGAGUUACACACUGUUCACGCGAAGAACCGUCGAAUGGAGGAGGAGAACGCCAGACUUCACCAGGAACUGAAGACUUUGGUUGAUCAAAAUAACCAUACAAUGGAAUCAUUAGAAUUACUUCUUCUCAAAAACCAAACUUCUCGUCUCCAGAAAGAAAAUGAGGAGAUAGCUUUUGAUACUACAGAAAUUAAAAAACAGAUCGAAGAGUUUAAUAAAACAUUUGGAUAUUUAAAUUUGACAAAGGAAGAAGUGAAAAAAGACUUUCAGAAGAAUAUUAAAGUUUUGAAGAAGGAGGUGAAAGAAAACAAAAACAGUAAUGAGGCACAGCAUUUAAGGCUAGGUGAUGUAAAAACUCUCUUAUCAGAACAUAUUAAAACCUUCAAUGAAUCUAGGACUGUUUUCCAACAACAAUUAGAAAUUAUGAACAAACGGAUGGAGAACUUAGAAAAACACGAUAACUUAAGUACACGUAUUCAGACUGUUGAAGACAAUUUACAAAAGUUUUCACUUUCACUGAAUGAUAUUCGUAUCCAACUGCAGAAAAUUGUAACAGCUGAAAACAUCGCUUUUCAUGCACUUUUAUCGACGAUACAGGAAAACCUUGGUUCAAGGGCUGCUGUUGUUUUUGGGAAAGUAACUCAAAACUCUGGAAAUGCUUAUAAUGCUACUACCGGCAAAUUCACAGCACCAGAAGAUGGACUAUACUCAUUUCAAUGGACGAUUUUGACAAGGGGUGGACAAUAUUUUCACACUGAAAUUGUUCUCAACGGUAACAUUAUUGGUUAUAAUCAUGUGGACGGCACGUCAGGCAGUUCUCACUGGGCGUCCGGAACUUCAUCAGCUGUUAUAAAAAUGAAGAAGAAAGAUGAAGUCUGGAUAAGAACACAUGGUGACGCUGGAAAGUUUGCUUACCAAAGCUGGUCAUCAUUCACCGGCUUUAAAUUGUAAUAGAAUGUUUGUCUAAAAUAAAUAUGCAAAACUAUGUGAAUAAUAUAUGUAUUUUACAUGUAUAACUUAAAUCAUAAAAAGGUCGAAACUUGACUUGACAGUUGUACGGAAAUAGUCCCUAAAUAUAUAUUUGUAAA